GGCGGUGGGCGGGGCGGAACUACGCGUCCCAGGAGGUAACGCGACGCCCGGUGGGGCGGGAGCGGCUGGGGCUGGAUGGGGGCGUUGGUGAGGUUCGGUAAGGGAGAAGUCACUGCCGAGCGAGGGUCUUUUCUUGCCUUUGUUGUGGUUUCUUUUUCCUGUCACCUCAUAUUUUUCAAAAAAGAGCCUUGGCAACAGCCGGGAGUAAAAUAAUUAAAAGAGCUGUGGCGGUAGGGUUUACUUCAGGAUUGUGUAUUGGCGAACGUAGGAAACGCUUAUCAAAUGGGCACCUCAGGAGGAGCCUGUGGUGUAGCCUAAGUGAGCAUAUCAGCAGAAGGGAGGAAAAACAGCCCUUGCAGAUGGAGUGCAGUGACCUUCAAAACUUGAACACAAAGUGAAAACAGUCCCUGGGAUAUUCCCAUCGAGCAGCCAGUCCGCAGGGCUGUUAUCCAGGCCCAGUGCCGGGUGGGCUGGUUCUGCUGAUCCCUUCCUUCCUUUCUGCAGGAAACAAGCGUAUGGGGGGAUGUCGAGUUCCAUUUCAGCUAAGUCAGCUCCCUGCUCUGAGCCAGCCCCGGGCACGGCGCUGGGGCUGACGGAGAGGGGGAGACGUGCGGGCAAGGGCAGGGCAAAGUCAACAAGAUGUGAGCUGUGUGACCUGGCACCGUUACGUCACACCUCUCACAAUUCAAAUCCAAAACUCAAAGCUGCAGUUGAGCACAGAACCGGCCACCUGCGCACCACAGAGGGACUGAGGGAUCCACAGGCUCCAGGAGCCACGCUUGGGCUGCUCUCAGCUACCAGCCACCAGCAGCUCCUUCACUGACAGUCUGGCAUCUUCAGUUGGCAUUCCUUUCACCAUGGCACAGCUUCUCCACAGCUUGCAUCAUUCUGUCACUAGGAGCAUCAUUCUGUCACUGCCUGCAGCUCUCAAGGCAGACCAAUCUCUUAUUUUCCUGUUCCUCCUACAAAAGACUUCUGCAACCAGGCUGCUGUCAUUGCUCAUAGUGUGUGCAGGCCUGGGCUGCACCACACAGCUGCUUCCUCUAGGCCUUUGGCACCCAUGUGAACAAAAUAUCUACCAAAGUCAUCACUACCUGUAAUAAAUGUGAGUCUUUGCUUCUCUGAGCACUCAGGGCCUCCACCCAUCGUAUCUGGUGGUUUCAAUGAAAAUAACACUGCCAGUGCCUUUUAAGUUUUCUUUUUUUCUUCUUCUUCUCUCUCUCUCUUUUUUUUUAAUUAGCUCCCACUUCAGCUUCCUGUCCUGUUCUGUUGCCACUCGUUAUGGUCUCCCAGCUUUCCUGUGCACAGGCAUGUCACGAAUGCUUGCUUUAUUUCCAUCUAGAUCUUGAUCUGCAGAGGUUGGAUGUGCCUCGUUUUUCCCAUGGCUAUGGAUUCUGAAUCAAAGGACAGCUUAAUAGGAAGCUUUCUUCAGCCUCCAGCUAAAAUGAUUCCUGCACCCUUUGUUUGUGGAGAACCAAAGAAGUUGGCAGCUGCUGGUGACAAUGGGCCUUCUAUCUGCUAUAACCAAAAUGUGGUGGCAGCCCUGAGAACUCUUCAAGAAAAGAUCCACCGUCUGGAGCUGGAGAGGCCACAUGCUGAGGAGAAUCUGUACAGCCUUUCUGUAGCAGCUGCUCAGUAUAAGAAGGCCUUAGAGCAUGAGUCCUUCAAAAAUGACACAGCACAUCACAAACUGAUGCAACAGAGGAAAGAUGUAAGCGUGAAGUUAAAAGCAGCACAGUCCCGCUGCUCCCUGCUGGAGAAACAGCUGGAUUACAUGAGGAAAAUGGUUGAGAGUGCAGAGCUGGAAAAUAAAAUGAUUUUACAACAACAGCUUUACUCUGGCUUAUGUUUUCUGACCCAUCUUCAGAAAGAGAAAAACCAGAACCAGAUGGAACUGCAUGCAAAACUUGAAAAACUUGACGUGCUAGAAGAAGAGUGUCUUAAACUUACUGCUACUCAGAGAAUUGCAGAGGACAAAAUCAAACACUUAGAAGAAAAACUUUGUAAAGAAGAGCAUCACUACAAGCUAAUACAAGGCAAAGCUGCUCAGCUUCAGACAGAAUUUGAGAUAAACAGAAUUUUGAUGUCUUCAGAUUCAUCUAAAAGUGAACUCAAAAAGAGAAGCAGGAAGAAAAAAAUCCCUAAGAAGAAAAAUCCUAUAACGAAGGAAAUGCAUCUUCCACAAUUUCAUGUAAAGGCAGGUGUGCUACCUUUUGUGGUUGGGAAGACAACUUACUCGUUCUUCUUUAAGUCUGUCAGCUCCAGCCAUUCUCUUAGUGCGAAUGUACAAAGUAUGUUGCAUAUUAUGAAGCAUCGCAAUCCACAUAUCUCCUCACAAAGACAAAUUCAAAGUACAUCUGGAAUUUCAGGACAAACAACUCUUUCAAAAUCUGUAACCUCAUCAUCUACUGUCACCAGAAGACCUUCUGACCUUCUCUUGGGAAUACAAGAUGAGCUGAGCCAAAUGAGGUUUGAACAUCAAGAACUUCUGAAGCAGAUCCAGGAGACUCAGGAGUCUAAAAUUCAUGAAGAUCUAGAACAGAGGCUGAAUUGCCUUGUAAAACAAAUGGACAGUAAAAGAGAACAAAUAUCCAAGUUGAAAAAACACCAGAAUAGUGUGCAGAAAUUAAAACGAAAGACUCAGAAACUGAAGAAAGAGGCAGCUCGUGUCAAACCAAAAUAUGGUAACCAAAAGGAAGUAAAGGAGAUUGCAGUCACUGUAAGGGAAAGUAUGUCCAAAUCUCAUGCUGGGCAGAAAAGCAGAAGCUCCCUUCAGCUGCUAAAAAAUGUACAGAAGCUUCAGUCAAUACUGAAAAAAGAUGACAUCGUGUGGGAACAGUAGUUCUAAAAUUAAAGUUUUUGAAGUUGUCUGACAGCUAGUAAAUCUUGAAUUUCACAAAGUAGCUUUUAAAAAUAAAAUAAAUAUGGCAUUUCUCAUUCUAAA